AUGGAUAAAUUAUCAAAUUUAAUUAUAAAAAGAAUAUUACAAUUUUGUAUUAAAGGGAAAUAUGAUAUUAGUGAAUAUGAUAGUUAUAAUCCAGAUCAUUUGUCAUCAGUUUAUAGUAUGAAAUUUAAAGAUAACAAUGUUGAUGUUAUAGUUAAACUAUCAUUAGUUUGUAAAUUAUGGGCAGAGAAGGUGAUACCCUAUUUAGAUUACCCAUUUUAUCAAGUUGUAGGUGGUGCAGAUGAUGCACUAAUACCAAACAUUACCAAAUUUGGAAUAUCGAAUCAACUUGCCCAAUUCAGUAACCGGAUUGAAUUGGAGAGAUUAUCAAUACUAAUAUCAGAUUUACAUCAUAACAAUAUCCAAGCGAGAGCGGAUUCAGACUCAUUGGCAAUACUAAGUUGUCAACACAUUCAAGCGAACCAACGUGGAUACCUUCCAAUGCUGUUCAAUCUAUUCUUCCUUUCAUUUGGGUUCGAUGUUUAUUUCAAUUUAGUGAUUAAAGGUGUCAAUACAAGUUCAUACUUUUUUCAAAAGUUACAACAUAUAACUGUAACCAUACAAACUCAGAGUGAAAUGUCGGCACUUAGACACUGUCUAUUUCAAUUACCCUCAAUAAGUAGUCUAAAUGCAAUCAUUGCAAAAACUACAAACUCUAUAAACACCUCAAAUAUCAUCACUAUUGGUCUAGCCAAAUCAAUAGAAAUUCAUCCAUCCCUUGAAAAAUUAUCACUUUCAAGUGGUAAUUUCAAUAUGCCAAUUAAUUGUAAAAAUAAAUUUAAACAUUUAAAAUUAAAAGAUAUUGUUGUAAAUAAUUUAUAUGAAAUAAAUGGUAAUGGUAUUAAUAUUAGUAAUAAUUCACCACCAACUUCACAAAAUAAUAUUAUGAUUACAAGUUCUUAUUCAUAUACAACUUUACCAAAUCAACAACAACAACAACAACAACAACAACAUGUUAAUACCUCAUUAUCAAAUUUAAUUGAAAAUAAUUUAAAAACUCUAACUAGAAUUACAUUAAGAGAUUUUAAAAUUGAGGGUGAUUUAAUACCAAAAGUAGCACCAAAUUCAUUUUUUGAUCCUGACCCUGUGGAAGUUUUAGAUAAUUCAAUGCGUGAAAUUAUAAAUAUUUUUAGAAUUUUAUCAACAAGUCAAGUACUAGAAUAUUUAGAUAUUAAAACUAUUGAUAUUCCAUAUCAAUCAAUUAGAGACUUAAUAAUUGGUUGUAAAUCUUUAAAAACUUUACAUAUAAAACUAACCCAUCCACAACAUUCAAAACAAUUAAUAAAUGGUAUUACAACAAGUUGUAAUACUAAUAAUAAUAAUAAUAAUAGUAGUAAUAAUUUCGAUAUUAUUAAUAUUGAAAAUAAUGAACCAAUUAAUUUAGUUGAUUACUCAUUUAUUGGUAUGCCAAAUUCACCAUAUCCAAUCAUUCCAAUUUCAAAAUCAAUUAAAUAUUUGAAUGUACCUAAAUUAAAUAAUCAAAUCAUAAUGUCAACAAUAAUUUUACAAAAUUUAGUUUCAAUUGUACAUGAUGGUUUUCAAACUAAAGAUUUUAAAUAUUUAAUAUCAUUAAUUAAAAAUACAAAAACAUUAGAGAAAUUAGUAAUAAAAUCAGUUAGAUCAAAUAAACAAUUAAACAAUAAUAAUAAUAAUAAUAAUAAUAAUAAUAAUAAUAAUAAUAAUAAUAAUAAUAAUAAUAAUAAUAAUAAUAAUAAUAAUAAUAAUAAUAAUAAUAAUAAUAAUAAUAAUAAUAAUAAUAAUAAUAAUAAUAAUAAUAAUAAUAAUUUAAUUAAUGGUAGUAAAUUAUUAAAUGAAUUUGAUAAUCGAUUAUUGAUUAAUGAUGAUUGGAUUGAAUUGUUUAAAGCUAUAAAUAGUAAUUAUACUUUAACAACUCUACAUCUAUUAGAAUGUCCAUCAUUGAAAUCGGGAAUAAUUGAUGAUUUCAUUAAAUCACAACAUCCAACAAUUAUUAAUGUUAAAUUUCAUAAAGUGGAUUUUAAAAUUAGUUCACUAUAUGUAAAUCAAUCAUUUGAAAAUGUAAAUAUAGUAAUAUCAUGUGAUGACCUUAGUCAAUUAAUCAUAAAGAAUUCAACUAUAAAACAAUUAAAAUGUAAUAUCUUUUUAUCAGAUUUUUCAGCAACUUACUCGUCAGUGGAAUUUUUAGCAAAAAGUUUAAAAGCAACUAAAAUCUCUUCAAUUCAAGUCAAUAGAACCUUAAUGCUUUGGAGUCCAAAUCUUUUUAAAUAUUUAAAAAAUUUCUCUUAUCCAAUUUAA